AUGGAUUAUGAUGAUGAUUAUGAUGAUGUUUAUGGUGACGUUUAUGAUGACGUUUAUGAUGAUGACGUUUAUGAUGACGUUUAUGAUGACGUUUAUGAUGAUGUUUAUGAUGACGUUUAUGAUGACGUUUAUGAUUUUCCUUUGGAAAAGAAAAAAAAUUGGCUUGCCAAAAAAUCAAACAACUUGGAAAACAGAGAACCAAAAAAAACGAUGACAAUGAUGACGAGUAAUAUUUCUUUG